UCAGGCGGAAGUCGCACCGUGCGUUCUUUUUGUGUUCUGUGGUUUGCUUCUUAUUCAAGUGUGUGGUUGGCAGAAGCUCGUUUAAUAAUUAAUCAUGGCGAGCCAGGAGAUGCGGUUAAAUCACACGAUUUACAUCAACAACUUAAAUGAAAAGAUCAAAAAAGAUGAACUGAAGAAGUCGUUGUAUGCUAUAUUCUCCCAGUUCGGGCAAAUUCUGGACAUCCUUGUUUCUCCUACACUGAAAAUGAGGGGUCAGGCCUUUGUGAUCUUCAAGGAGAUCAACAGUGCUUCCAGUGCACUCCGCUCUAUGCAAGGCUUCCCAUUUUAUGAUAAACCUAUGCGUAUUCAGUAUACAAAGCAGGACUCUGAUAUCAUUGCAAAAAUGAAGGGCACAUAUGUGGAGCGAGACCGUAAGAAAGAGAAGAGAAAGCCUAAAGCCCCUGAAGCAGGUGCUGGGAAAAAGGCUUCUGCUGCUAUGGCCGGAGUACCUGCAGCUAUGCCGGGAAUGCCACCCAUGAGCCAAGCGCCUCGCAUGAUGCCAAUGCCCGGUCAGCCUCCCUACAUGCCUCCGCCUGGUAUGAUGCCUCCACCUGGCAUGGCACCUGGGCAGAUGCCUCCAGGGGCUAUGCCUCCAGGUCAGAUGAUGCCAGGACAAAUGCCUGGCCAGAUGCCGCAGCAGGUUUGUAAUAAAACUGGGAUUAACUGCCUCCAUGCCUGCACAGUGGAAAGUUCACUCAUUCCCCGAUAUGGAGAUCUGGAAAGCAGCAAUAUGACGCCGAUAUGCUUUGAAUUUCCACAAUUAGCCUAA